AUGGGCAAUACCAUCAAACAGUUUGUAACUGAACUUAAACUUCAAGUGAGACGCUGUGAAUUUGGUUCUGCAGUUAAUGAGAUGCCUAGAGACAAAAUAGUUUUUAGUGUAAUGGAGAAGUUAAAGGAAAGACUUAUGGAGGAAUCUGAUCUUACUCCUGAGAAAGCAGUUGAGAUGUGCUUGAGUGAUGCCAGUGGAAACCCUACUGUACAAUAUUCAAUAAUAAAUUUAAAUGGUGAGCAGACAACGGUCUUAUGGAAUGCUACACAACAUUUUCCUGACAGGAAUGUGUCCAUGUUUUAUCGAUUUGAUGAACUGGAUUUCAAACAAUGUCCUCAUUAUAUACUUAAUAAAGGAUAUAAUACUGGAUGUUACUUCAAGACUGAAGGGGAAGAUUUUUAUAUUUUCAUCAAUGAUACAGCUGGGAAGGAACAUCAUCACUCUGAUGAACAAAACAUUCGCAUGUUCAUUAAGCCCAGCCCACCUGAAAAUGUCACUUUCCAAUGGGUAGAUGACAAAGUAACUGUACAGUGGAAUCCACCUCAGCAUCCACAAUGUUUUGAGUUGGAAUUCCAGUACAAAAGCACAUUGGACCAAAAAUGGAAGUCCAGCAAAGACAAAUGUUGCAAGAUUGAAGACCAUGGGAUUGAUCCUGCAAAGUGUUACUCAUCUCGACUCAGGGUGGAAAGGUCGAAGAAUUGUAACACAGUUGCUUACUUUAGUGAAUGGGGAAAUGAAACACUUUGGAAGAAUGGCAGUGCCAUAGAUUCCUGUGAUAUCGAUUCAGAGACAAACACUGUAAUCCUUUUGACUUUGGUAAUGACCACAUUCCUGGUAGUAUUUACCCUUCUGAUGUUUGUUUGCAGAUUGAAAAGAAUUAGAAGGACCAUAAUGCCUGAUAUACCAGACCCAAAACAUAUGUAUUUGGACUUGUUCUGUGAUCAUGAUGGAAACUUCCAGGACUGGAUUUACAAAAUGGAAAAUGGGCUGGUUCAAGCAAAGGUACAAAAUGAAGAAAAGGAGUGUGUCAUUGAAGAACAAGAAGAUGAAGAUACCCAGGCAGAAAACGUGGAAGUCCAAAAGAAUAUUCCCUAAAACAUUAAGGAUAAAUGUUUGUGUAGAACCCAUGUUCCAAUCAAAAUGUCUA